AAUACAUAUAGGAACUCCAUGAACACUUAACCACAAGCACCAAACAACAAUCAAGCAGUUCACUAACUUUAAUACAAAUCACUUCAAUACUUACAAUGGCUUCCUCGACCAUGGCUCUCUCCUCCCCAUCGUUCGCCGGGAAGGCAGUCCAGCUUUCCCCUUCCGCCUCUGAGAUCAUGGGCAACGGCCGUGUUUCAAUGAGGAAGACCGCCUCCAAGUCUGUCUCCUCAGGGAGCCCGUGGUACGGUCCAGACCGUGUUAAGUACCUGGGCCCUUUCUCCGGUGAGGCUCCAUCGUACUUGACUGGUGAGUUCCCCGGUGACUACGGAUGGGACACUGCUGGACUAUCUGCUGACCCAGAGACCUUCGCCAAGAACCGUGAGCUCGAAGUCAUCCACUGCAGAUGGGCCAUGCUCGGAGCUCUUGGAUGCGUCUUCCCCGAGCUCUUGGCUCGCAAUGGUGUUAAAUUCGGUGAGGCAGUCUGGUUCAAGGCUGGAUCACAGAUCUUCAGCGACGGUGGUCUUGACUACUUGGGCAACCCAAGCUUGGUCCAUGCACAGAGCAUCUUGGCCAUCUGGGCUUGCCAAGUGGUAUUGAUGGGAGCUGUCGAAGGUUACAGAAUUGCCGGUGGUCCACUCGGUGAAAUCACCGACCCAAUCUACCCAGGUGGAAGCUUCGACCCAUUAGGUUUGGCCGAUGACCCAGAGGCAUUCUCCGAAUUGAAGGUGAAGGAGAUCAAGAACGGCAGGUUGGCUAUGUUCUCUAUGUUCGGAUUCUUCGUUCAAGCCAUAGUUACAGGAAAGGGACCAAUUGAGAACUUGGCUGACCAUCUUGCUGACCCUGUCAACAACAACGCCUGGGCAUUUGCCACAAACUUCGUCCCCGGAAAGUGAGAAACGAAAAAGCUUAAUUAUCAACUGUAUCAUAGCAUGUUAGGACAGAUCAUCAAAAGAAUGAUAAUAGAUGUAUUAAUUCAUUUCUUCAGAGCAAAACUAAUUUAUGGAUUAGAAUUCAUUAAACAAA